AGCGAGGGAGCCUUUCGCAGUUUUUGCGUGUGACUUUCGCGGGAUCACGUUCAUUUUAACGCUCUUCCUCUGCCUCUGCCUCUGCCCUCCAUUUCCUCCGCCACUCUCUCUCUCUCUCUCUCUCUCUCUCUCGUUUCCACCGGAAAUGAACUCUGCAGCGGUGGCUAUGAGAGCCUCUGUUUCUUCUUCUCCUUCUCCUUCCCCUUCCCCUUCUUCCUACUUCACCAAACCACGAAAGCCGUUCUUCCCUGCUUCUUCCAAACCCUUUUCCAGCUUCACCUUCUUCAAAUCCCUCGCCCUCACUCACUCCCCAAAUCCCUCUUCUUCUUCUUUCGCUUGUUCGGCGGCAACUUCGUCUCCGUCAAGGAGCAGUGACCUUGCCACGGGCAACCUCGAGCGCCUCAUAGCCGAAUUCAAAUCCCUCUCGGAGCCCUUGGACCGCGUCAAGCGCCUCCUACGCUACGCCACGCUCCUCCCGCCGUUGGACGAGGGUCGGAGAAUCGAUGCGAAUCGGGUGAUGGGCUGCACGGCGCAGGUGUGGCUGGACGCGGCAAUGGAUGGUGACGGCAGGAUGAGGUUUGCGGCAGAUAGCGAUUCGGAGAUCACUAGAGGGUUCUGCUCCUGCCUGGUUAGGAUUCUCGACGGGGCGGUGCCGGAGGAGGUCUUGAGCUUGAAAACCGAAGAUUUGGCGGAUUUGAAUGUUGUAGGAUUCCAGGGACGAAGUAAUUCGAGGGUGAACACUUGGCAUAAUGUGUUGAUUGGGAUGCAGAAGAGGACUAAGGCUAUAGUCGCCGCGCGGGAGGGGAAGCCUCCCGGUGAGCCGUUCCCGUCUCUAGUUAUAUCGGCCGGCGGGAUACAGGCGAAGGGGAGCUAUGCUGAAGCUCAGGCAAGAUUUUUAUUACCUGAUCCAUCAAAGGUUCAAGAACUUGUCAGCGUGCUGAGGGAGAAGAAAAUUGGUGUUGUUGCACACUUCUACAUGGACCCUGAGGUCCAAGGUGUAUUAACUGCUGCACAGAAGCACUGGCCCCACAUUCAUGUAUCUGAUUCAUUGGUCAUGGCAGAUACGGCUGUCAAGAUGGCAAAAGCUGGUUGCCAAUAUAUCACAGUUCUAGGUGUUGAUUUUAUGUCAGAAAAUGUUCGUGCUAUCCUUGAUCAAGCAGGUUUCUCACAGGUUGGUGUUUAUAGGAUGUCAAGCGAACAUAUUGGAUGUUCUCUUGCUGAUGCUGCUGCAGAUCCUGCGUAUAUGAAUUAUCUUGAGACAGCUUCUAUGGCUUCCCCGGCUUUGCAUGUUAUCUAUAUAAAUACUUCUUUGGAGACAAAAGCGAAUGCUCAUGAAAUUGUGCCAACAAUAACCUGCACAUCCUCUAAUGUUGUGCAAACCAUUCUCCAGGCAUUUGCUCAAGUACCUAACUUGAAUGUAUUGUAUGGGCCUGAUACUUACAUGGGUGCAAACAUUGUCGAGCUGUUUCAACAGAUGACUAUAAUGAGUGAUGAUGAAAUUGCUGAGAUACAUCCAGAACACAAUAGGGAGACAAUUACGUCACUGUUGUCUCGCCUGCACUAUUUUCAGGAAGGAACAUGCAUUGUGCACCACCUUUUUGGACAUGAAGUUGUAGAGAAGAUAAACGAAAUGUAUUGUGAUGCUUUUCUAACAGCACAUUUUGAGGUCCCCGGAGAGAUGUUUUCUCUGGCAAUGGACGCAAAGAGAAGAGGGAUGGGGGUAGUGGGUUCCACACAGAACAUAUUAGACUUUAUCACAGGGAGGGUUCAAGAGGCUUUAGACAGAAAUGUGAAUGACCGCCUUCAAUUUAUUUUGGGAACAGAAUCAGGAAUGGUAACCUCAAUUGUUGCUGCUGUUCGUAGAUUGCUGGAUGCUGCAGAGUCCUCUUCUGCAAGAGGGAAAGUUGAUGUUGAGAUUGUUUUUCCUGUCUCAUCUGACUCAAUAACAAGGACAACGAACAGUUCAUCUCAAGGCUUAAAUUUCAGUGAAGUAGGACACAUUAUGGAAGCCAAUGUUAUACCGGGAGUUGCAAGUGGAGAGGGAUGUUCUCUUCAUGGUGGCUGUGCUUCCUGCCCAUAUAUGAAGAUGAAUUCUCUUGGCUCGCUCCUCAAAGUGUGCCACCACCUGCCUGAUCAAGAGAAUAGCCUUUCGUCCUAUGAAGCUGGGCGAUUCAACGUGCAAACCCGACAGGGAAAUCUGAUUUCAGAUGUUGGUUGCGAGCCAGUUCUGCACAUGAGACACUUCCAGGCAACGAAGAAAUUGCCAGAGAAACUUGUCCAUCAGAUCCUUCAUCCUAGUGGCAAUGGAAGACUGAUGUCAUCUAUUAAGUGAAGCUGCUGAAGGCCUGGAUGAUACUUAAUAAUGUUGUUGAGAAGGUGGCCUUGGGGAACAUUUAACUUGACCUCUGUUGGUUUUGUUUCCCUUUAAAUUUAUAGGAAAGUCAAAUUGUUUCAUGUCGUAUUCUCUGGUCUCUCCCUUCCAUUUGCCGGCUCAUCUGUUCACCAUAUUAUAUAGUUUAUGUUAGAAUCUCAGAAGCUCAAUUACUAAAAGGAGAUUGGGAAGCAUUUCAAUUGUA